AUGCUUCUGGAUGCGCAUUUCACGUCGCAGUCCUCGUGUUUGAAGGACUUGGACUUGAGCAUCUUGGAACGCAUCGCGGAUUUCGGAUUCUCCCAGGGUCCUGCUGUGGGAUUUCUGGCCAAUUGGCGGCGGGCGCCAAAGCCGGUGGCGGCCGCCAGCGACCGACCGGGUAUCAGGUUUAUGGCCAGAAAGCGACCUCUGCUGCCCUUCGAAGUCGCCGCCGGGGACUGGGACUGCGUCACAGUGUCCAGGAGCUGUGCUCGGGUGGUCUGCCACGACGGGCGGCUACACCGCACGGGAAGGCGCCUCGAGAUGUUGCACAAGAAGUUCGUAUUGGAUCAGGCGUAUGACUCCUCAGUCUCGGACAGUGAGUUCUACGAAGACGCGGUGAAGCCUCUGGUGACUUCCCUGAAGGAAGAGGAGGCCGCCACCAUCAUCUGCUAUGGCCAGACGGGCACCGGCAAGACGCACACGUUCAAUGCCUGCUGGAAACGCCUUGGGGCUGACCUGGCCGGGCGGAGCAUUGCAGUGACCUUCUUCGAGAUCCAUGGAAAGAAAUGUUACGAUUUGCUGCAGCAGAGGAAGGAGGUGACGCUGAGAUCGGAUGCCGAGGAACGCGUGCACGUCAGGGGCGCCUUGACGCUCUCCGCGGACGCCGCUGCGCUGCCGUCGCUGCUGGAAGAAGCGCUGCGCCUGCGGCGCUCCGAAGCCACGGAGCGGAACCCGCUGAGCUCCCGAAGUCAUGCCGUCUGCGUCCUGGCAUUGGACGGCGGAACAACGACGCUGCGCUUCGUGGACCUGGCCGGCAGCGAGCGGAACUACGAGACGCGGUCCAUGACGGCGCAGCAGCACCGGGACUUUGCAGAGAUCAACAAAUCGCUGAUGGCGCUGAAGGAUUGCUUCCGUGCCCAUGCUCAGCUGCUCCGACAAAAGUCCACCCGGGUGCCGUAUCGCUCCAGCAGCCUGACUCAGGUGUUGCGGUCUUGCUUCACGCCAGAGCACCGGACCCUCAUCUUAGCCACGAUCUCUCCAACGGCCACCGACUUGUUGCAUAGCACCAACUCGCUGCUACAAGUGACGCAGAUGUCCAAGGCGUUGUCCACCCUGCGUUCAGAGUGCUGCGUGGAGUUGCCCUUAACUUCCUUCAUGGCUUCCAGGCCCCUUUGGGAAUGGAGCAACGAGGAGGUGAACUUGCUGCUGGGCGAUGAAUGCAGGGUGGAUCAGGACGGUGAACAACGGCCUCUUCAAAUACCUGGUGCUGCCGCCCAAGAUCACAGGGGCCAUGUUGCUCCAACUCUCCUCGCAGGGCUUGGCCCAGCUCUUCGACAUGAGCCUGCGCUCGGCCCGCGGCGUGGGCGAGGGCGAGGCCUGGAACGAGGCCCUGGCCAGCGACGUGGGGCAGCGCGUGGGGAAGCUGCUCUUUGCGGCCGUGCGGCGCGAGGCCAUGCGUUGGCCCCUGGAGGUGAAGGACUUGCCCCUUCAGCUGCGCCGCGAGGCUGCAGAACGAGAGAUGCUGGAAGAGGGUUUGGGCCUUCCACCGGAAGCGGAGCGUCACUGCGAGUUCUUCUUCUGGGGCGAAACCGUGCCACCCACCGAGUGAAGCGCUGCGCGCAGGAAGGGGGAGAGUCUUCUGGCAGCGAAGGGACGGAUCCUGUGGAGGACCAGCCCUCGUGGAUCCGGGGUUCCAAAGUGAACCCCUUAGAGUUUGCGGUCUUCCUCCUUCUUGCCGUGGCUGUCAGUGUGUACGCCCUUGGUCACUGGUGCGUGGCCGCCGCCCGUAGCUGGAGGUGCCAUCAGCGAGCGGCAGCACUGCUGCGGCAGCAUCCAGCUGCUGGAUCGGUGGCCCUGGCAGAACUGUGCCUGGUCCAUGGCACGCCCUUCCUGUUGAUCUGCGGCGGAGAGCCGGAGCGCGAUCUUCUGGGUGCCCAGCUGGGAACAAAACUGGCCAGGCUGCCGCAUGGCCGCGUUGCUUUCUUCUCCAGUGGUCACUUCAAGCUGCGCGAAGAUUUCCAGCGAAUGGAGGGAGUUCAGUGGGAGCUGCUGCAGCAGCUCUUGGUGUUGGAUCGUGACGCUUUGGACACUUUGUCCAACUUCACGAGUUUCUUGCGCCACCUCAGAAGAAAGGGCUGGCUGAAGCAGGAAGGUGGUUCCGCUUCGGUGGACGUGGUGGUGCUCACCAGCGCCUACCACGCGCGGCGCGUCAGAGGCGUGGCUGCGCUGCUGCUGGGCUUCUACGGCCUCUCCUUCCAUGUGGCCGAAGUGGAGCUGCCCACAGGCACCGCCCCCCAGUCCGAGAGUCUCUGGCGCUGUAUCCGCGAUGUGCUGCGGGCGGCCUUGUGGUUGGUCAGUGGCUUUGAAGCUGCCCCGGGGGUUUUCCCCUUGGCGUCUCCGCUGGCGCUGCUGCCGCUGGCGCCGCUCGCGCCACGGCCCUACCCGCGGGUGGCCUUCAAGUCUUCGCGGAUCGCUGUGCGCAGCGCGGCACAGGAUCAUCAGCACCGGGAGCGGAAACGCAAGCGCUUGGUGGUGGUUUUUGGGCUCGUGCUCAGCUACUCGUGGUACUACGUGUGUCGCCUGUCCCUGACCUAUGCGGCCCCGGCCAUCGUGAGGGAAGAGGGGUUGGACCUGCGCAGGUUGGGGGCGAUCCUGAGCUGCGGACAGAUCUCGAUCGGCUUCAGCAAGAUCCUCUCCAGCGUGCUGACGGCCGACCUCUCGCCCUCCCGGUGCCUGGUCGUUGGUCUCCUGCUGACGGCUGGCUGCAACGUGCUGGCGUCCCUGGCGCCCGGCGACGGAGCCACCAAGCUGGUGCUGAUCCUGGCAGGUCUGUGGGCCCUCAAUGGUCUCUUCCAGGGCUUGGGGAGUCCUUCCUGUGCCCGCAUCAUCAGUGCCUGGUGCAGCGCCAAGGAGCGCGGCUUCUUCUGGUCGCUGUGGAACGUGUCCAACAACCUGGGUGGCGCCUUAGCGCCGCUAAUGGUAGGCUUGGGGGCAGCUGCUGGCUGGCGUGGAAGUCUGCUGCUGGCAGGCUUCAGCGCGGCCGUCGUCAGCUUCCUGGUCUUUCUCCUGGUGCACGACUCUCCCAGUGCCGCUGCCGCUGCGAAGGCGGCGAAGGCAGCGAAGGCGGCGAAGGCGAAGGCGGCAGCAGCUCCUGCCGUGCCGGGCUCCGCGGAGGAUCAGCUCAGCGGCGCCUCAUUGUUCUGGCGGGGCUGCCUGCUGCAGCCGGGCAUGGCCAGUUUGGCCAUGGCCAACUUUCUCAUCUACGGCCUGAAGAGCGCACUGAUCUGCUGGUUGGCCUUCUAUGUGCAGUCCUAUGGGCACAAUGCGCUCUCUGCCGCGCCGCGCCUCAGUACUUUUGAGUGUGGUGGGCUGUUCGGCAGCGUGCUGAGUGGUCCCUUGAGCGACCGCUACUGGCAUCUCCGUGGCGGUGAAACGGGAUCCACCGCACCACUGGUGGGGUGUCGGGUGCAGGUGGCUAUGACCUUCGUUCUGUGUGUCAUGGUUCCGUCCGUCUUCACCGUGGUCUUUGCGCCCGGCGGCUGCAUCGGUUAUCCAGCCAUGUUCGCCUUGGGUCUCGGCUUGUACGUGGCUCAGUCCCUCUGCGCCCUGUGCGGCUUGGAAUUGGUGAGCGGCCGCGCUGCCGGGGUGUCGCAAGGUUUGCUGGGCUGGUCUGCUUACACCGGCGCGGCGGCUGCGGGGUUGCCCCUGGGUUGGCUCAUCCAAAGCUCAGGGUGGCAGGUGUGGCGAGUAUUGAUGGCUGGCGGCGCUCUGUUGGUCACUGCCCUGCUCUUGCCGCUGUGGCGCUUACCUUCCAACGAGCAGCGGCACGCCCGGGUGCUUUCUGAGUGAGGCCGCCAACGAAGACCGGGCGGCCGCAACUGAACGAUUCAACGGAGAGCUGUUUGAAAGAGUGGCGUGUGA